ACUAAAAUGACAAAUUGGUCCAACGACGGGCCAUCUAUGCAAAUCACCCGGCCGAUCUUUAACGACCACUGGCAGUCUGGCGCCAUAGGACAGGAAGGAGUAACAAAAUGUUAAAUCCAACCCGGUCCCGCCUAUUCUCCCGCUGUUGUCUCCACCACCGCGUCUCCCUUCACUCCACCACUGACUCCAACCACAAACUUCCUGCCCAAAUCAGCCGCCUAUUAAUCCUCGGCCAAUUCGAAGCCCUCUCCAACCUUUCCAUCACUUUCUCUGACCUUCUAGUGGACUCCGUCCUCAAAGAACUCAAAUUCCACCCUACCGCCGCCCUGAACUUCUUCAAUCUAGCUUGCAAACCGAACAACUUCAGACCCCACUUCAAAUCAUACAUCAAACUCGUCCACAUUUUAUCCAAAGCCCGCAUGUUCCCCGAAGCGCGGUCGUAUUUACAUGACCUCGUCGAACUGUCUGAAAGGAAACGUUAUUCAAAUUUUCUGGUAUAUGAAGAAUUGGUAAGAAUUUAUAGAGAAUUCAAGUUCUCCGGGACGGUUUUUGAUAUGUUAUUGAAAAUUUAUGCUGAAAAAGGGAUGGUGAAGAAUGCUUUAUACGUGUUUGAUAAUAUGACCAAGAGUGGUCAGGUGCCAAGUACGCGAUCGUGUAAUAGUUUGCUGAGUAGUUUGGCGAGACUUAAGGAGUUUGACACUGUCAUUUGUAUUUAUGAUCAAUUGGUAAGAGUUGGAGUUGUACCUGAUGUAUACACUUGUACAAUAUUGGUUGAUGCUUAUUGUAAGCAUGAUAGGGUUGAUAAAGCAGUGGAUUUUGUAGAAGGGAUGGAAAGAAUGGGGUUGGAGUUGAAUGUUGUGGGUUAUAAUAGUUUGAUGAAUGGGUAUGUGGAGAAAGGGAAUUUGGAGGGAGUGGAGAGGGUGUUGCAAUUGAUGAGUAAACGAGCUGUUCCGAAGAAUUUGAUCACGUGUACCUUGUUGAUUAAGGUUUAUUGUAAGCGUGGGGAAAUGGAAGAAGCGGAGAGAAUGUUCAGAGGGAUGAAGGAAGAAAAGGCAGACCUGUUGAUUUUGGAUCACAAGGUGUAUGGUGUGUUAAUUGAUGGGUUUUGUCGGGUUGGAAAAAUGGAAGAUGCGGUUAGAUUUAGGGAUGAGAUGUUGGGGUUGGGGUUGGGGAUGAAUCUAUUUAUUUGUAAUUCUUUGAUAAAUGGGUAUUGUAAACUUGGUAAAUUAUGGGAAGCAGAACGAGUUAUAACGAGUAUGGUUGAAUGGAACUUGAAGCCGGAUGGUUAUAGCUUCAAUACAUUGUUGAAUGGGUAUUGUAGAGAAGGUUUAAUGAAGGAUGCUUUUAAGCUUUGUGAUCAGAUGGCUCGUGAUGGUGUAUUUCCAACAAAUGUAACUUAUAACACUCUCUUGAAAGGUUUACGUGACAAAAGUGAUCUGGGUGACUGUUUGCACCUUUGGCGUCUAAUGCUUAAGAGAGGUUUUGUUCCUGAUGCAAUAGGAUUUAGUACUCUCCUCGAUUGUCUUUUCAAGAAAGGUAGUUCUGAUAAGGCUUUGAUGUUGUGGAAAGAUAUUUUAGCAAAAGGGCAUGCAACGGACGUGGUUAUAUUCAACACGCUGCUCAAUGGAUUGUGUAAGUUGGGGAAGAUGAUUGAAUCAGAGCAGGUUCUUGACAAGAUGAAGGAGCUCGGUUGUUCACCUGACGAAGUAACCUAUAGAACCUUGAGUGAUGGCUACUGUAAAGCUGGAGACAUUGAAAGGCCUCUUCAAAUAAAGCAUAUCAUGGAAAAGGAAGGAAUUCCUGCUUCCAUUGAAAUGUAUAACUCCCUUAUUAGUGGACUGUUUAGGGCAAGAAAAUCAAGCGAAAUUGCAAAUGUUCUUUGUGAGAUUCAUGUUAAGGGACUAAGUCCUAAUGUUGUUACAUAUGGAGCCCUUAUUACCGGUUGGAUCAAAGAAGGAAAACUGAAGAAAGCUUUUGAUGCUUACUUUGAGAUGACUGGGAAAGGAAUUGCUCCCAAUGUAAUAAUAUGUAGCACAAUUAUUAGUGGAUUAAACAAGCUCGGUAUGACAGAUUGUGCAAAUAUGCUGUUGCAGAAAAUGGUGGAUUUAGAUGUUUUCCCAAGGCUUGAACAAUUUUAUAAAUUCUUUGACUUCAAGAGAGUGCAGCUAGAUAUUCAGAAAAUUGCAAGUUCCCUUGAUGAAAGUGCCAAAAAUUUUAUUAUCGCCAAUAAUGUUAUGUAUAAUGUAAUUAUAGCUGGGUUAUGCAAAUUUGGGAAAACUGAUGAUGCAAGAAAAUUUAUCAGUGAGUUGUCACAGAGAGGCUUCAUUCCAGACGAGUUCACAUAUUCUGCCUUGAUCCACAGUGCUUGUAUUUCUGGUAAUGUCAAUGAAGCUUUUGUCUUACGGGAUGAGAUGCUGAACAAGGGUCUUUCUCCAAAUAUUGUUACAUAUAAUACUCUUAUAAAUGGCCUGUGUAAAUCAGGAAAACUUGAUCGUGCAGUGAGGCUUUUUCAUAAACUUCACAGCAAAGGUUUAGUUCCCACCACCAUCACCUAUAAUUCUUUGAUUGAUGGCUAUUGUAAGGUUGGUAAUACCAAUGAAGCUCUUAAACUCAUAGAGAGAAUGACAAAGGAAGGUGUUGCUCCUUCUGACUUAACCUACUCCACAUUGAUCAGCAGCCUUUCAAAGCAGGGUGAUGUGGUGGAAUCCAUAAAGCUUUUAGAUCAAAAGACUAACACACAUCUUGGGCCUAUAAGAUACAACAAACAAAUCCAAGCCGAAAUUGUGGAAGCAUGCUAGAAGCAAACAAUGCAGCUGUUUCUUUGUUAUGCUCUCUGUGGAAAAAAGAAGUUGAAGCAGAACAUUGCCAUGAAAGAAGAAAAAGGAAAGGAAAAAGUGAACCAGGUCCAGACGUGUGCUUUGUAGACCUGUCAUGUUGGACUCUAUGAUGAAAAUCUCUAGUUUCACUUAGAAGGGGAAAACUAGAACUUCAGUUUUUUUCUAAUUUUACAAAAUGAACUCUCUUCUUCUGAAUACACAGCAUCAGCCAAGAUAUCCACAGAUGUAUCCAAUAAAAAAUGGGUUGGUAACUUCUAGGAGAACAAACCUGGAACUCUUAUUGUGUCAUUCUCUGGAGUGGGUGGUAACCUUCAAUUGUCUAACAUGGUGAGCAGUAAAAGGGGAGAACAAAUGAUUGUUGGACUGUGAAUAUUAGACCCUAGCUCCUGAUUUGAGACAUUAUGGGACUAAAAGUUACUGAGCUCAUUCAUCUAAUGAGAUGGAAUUCUUUGUAUCAAGCAUCCAGUGCUGCAGGGCCUAUGAGGCUGGUACUUGCCUGUUGAACUGACUUUCUAUACAGAUUCCAUUUCUGGGUACUCAUGUAUUCUUAUUUGUUUACUUCCUUCUUCUUUCUCUUGGUAGGCAAAUGCAUCCUCUUUAGGAACUGUGCAGUUAAUUCUCAGUUACCAAUAUAGUUUGGUCCAUAAUCUCUAUCAUUUUGGCCAUGCAAGCACCCUUUUAUACAGAAGGCACAGGUCUUUCUCCUGUUCCAUUCGGUCUAGCCUGGCGACAAAAUAACAAUAAUGGCAUGUUUAGUUGGAUUGAACACAAUUAGACUGGAAAAUUGAUAAAUUUUGUUGUACACUUAUUUUUCUUCAUUAGGCCCUAUCUAGUAUACCAAAUAUUGUUUGUUGAU